GGAGCAUGAGGUGAUGGGGAGCGCUGUAUAUGUCAGUGUUGCCACCACACGCAGCCAAUGAAUUGACAGGGAGGAGAGGGAGGAGUGGUUCUAUUACCGCCGCAUCACCUGCAGCACCUCUCCCUUUCGCCUGUCAGCCUAUAUCCCGCAGGUCACCCAGCGGCUGUCGAUGGUCUGCCAACAGUCACCAGACACAUUAAGACAGAGACAGAGGGACGAGAGAGACGGAAAAGACUGCUAUGCGUGAGUGGGUCACUGUUCGUGUCUCUUGUGUCUUGCCUUUGCACACCUUGGCGCGCCUGAGCAGCUUGAUAAAAAAAAGUUCUUCAUCAGCUGCUGUGGGCUUCUGAAGCGCCGGGGUGACCUCAGCUGGCCUUUGCGUGAUGAAUUCGAUGUUCGUCGGGGAAAGCUCGUUAGGGCCGGACACGUGCAGGAUGGAGGGCUGGUCGUGGAUGUUUAGAUAGUUGUUGUUGGCAUCCCUGUUCUUGUCGGUGAGAAGGGAGAAAGAGGAAGGCAAUGCACAUCAAGGAAGAUCAUGUAUGGGGUGUGUAUAUAUAUGUGUGCUGCCUGUGUAUACGUACAGGGUGCUCACUCAAUGGCGUAGGACAAGGGGAACAGACGCCUGCUGUGACCUCCAGAGGACCAACAGAGCGUUGUCGAAAUCUGCAUGCAAACACAGGCAAGGAACAGAAGGAAUAGGAGAGAAUACCCAGGUAGUUCUUGUGUUGGUUCGCUCUCUCACUCACUUCAUCGCCAUCGAACGAGUCAACGUUGGAUAUGUCGACGCUGCCCGCAUCGCAUCGGUGGUGCUGCUCGUAUUGGAGUCACAGAUACACGCGCACACGCAUCGUCCCACCACUCGCUCUCUCCCGAGUCACACACAUACAGGCUCACGCACACGCACACACACCCAUCUACUGUCUCUCGCUUUCUUGUCGACUCACAGAUACACUGACACACACCUUCCCGGCACUCAUCAUCAUCAUGACACCAGUGGCUCCUGCCAGGCAGAAAGAUAGAUGGUAAAGUCGAUAUGUGCAGCAAUAGGUGAGGUGAGGAGAGAGCACGUGAGAGAGCAUGGAAGAGAGUGGAGAAAGCCAUCCAUCCAAAUGCAGAGAAAAAUCUGUGUGUGUGUGUGUGUGUGGAAGGAGGGAAAAAAUCUGUAUAUGUGUGUGUCUGUGUGUGUGUGUGGGUUUGUAUAUGUUUAUGAACGGUCUCUCGCUCUCUUGUCGAGUCACACAUACACGAACACACGAACACGUACGCCGUCCCAUCAAAAAACCACCACACCACUACGCCAGUGUAUCCCGUCAGGCAGAAAGAAAGUCGAUAUGCGGGCAGCAAGGUGUGAGGAGAGAGUGGAGAAAGGCAUUCAUCCAAAUGCAGAGAAAAAUCUGUGUAUGUAUGUGUGGGUAUGUGGGGGGGGAGGUGUAUGUGUGUAUGUAGGUAUGUGUGGAUAUCGUCGAGUCCUGAUUAUUCGCCAGCGUCCUCACUGCACGUCGGCAAGAGAGUGACAAAACGCAAGAGCGACGUGAAUAUUGCUGUGUCUGUGACUGUACUCGUAUGUGUACCGAAUGCGGCGCCUACCUGUGGAACGUCAUGUAAUAGUAAUGGGUCUCGCCGCAGUCCUCGCGGGGGCACUGCAGAGUUUGACGAACUCCACGUUUGGUGGGGGAAUCUCGUUGGCGUCGAACACCCGGCAGGGAUAUUGAGGUAUUCGUUGCCAUGCAUGUCUCUGUCGGUCAGGAGGCAGAUAGAGGAAGACAACGCACAGCAGGGAAGAUCAUGUGUGAUGCGAUGUGAUGUUGUGGGCGGAUGGAGGCUCUCUGCCUGUCUGCUUUCCUUCCUCGGCAGAUCUGGCAGCUCUUUGUGAGGGAGGCCCACUCACCUACGUGGGCGAUUCGGCAGAUUACGACCACCACACCUCUGUCACUGCGCCGACGCUAAGACGCUCACGAAAAGGGGACGGAUCUUCAGCCAGUGAAGCGCGCAAAUAUUCCUUGUCAUCUCCCCGAUAGGGACGUCAAUCUGAUCGGCACCCACACGAAGAUCAUGGAUGGGGUGUAUAUGUAUGUGUGUCGGUUGUGUAUGUAGGGUGCUCACUGAGUAAGGUAGACCAGGCCGAACACGCCUGUACGUCCUCCACAUGACCCAACAGAACUUGACGCGCUCGUAGAAGACCGCCGGACAUCGUCAUCACCUGCAUUGUCAUCACCUGAAGGCACACACAUGCAAGGAGCAGGAGAGAAUAUCCAGGUAGUUCUUGUGUUGGUUCGUUCUCUCACUCAGAUCAUCGCUGUCGAACGUGCCGACGGUCGAGAUGUUGUCGUCGCCCACAUCACGAUGUGCAACUCUAUUGGCAACGCGCUUGAGAGCAUCUGCAUCAAAGCGCGUAGUGUCACAGACAGAGGACAUGCAAUGACUAUGCUGGUAUGUGAGGGUGCCUGGUGCACCUAUCAAGGUUAGCUACCGGCUUGAACUUGUGGCCGAUGUUCAAACGCAUCAACAAGUUUAGCACAUGAUGGCUCCAUGACGUGCAGGCAGAAGGAGAGGACCCUUGUGGAAUUUGCAUAGAGGCAAAAAGCAGCAAGCUGCCCCCCGUCAAGACGAGUGAUCCAUCCUCUGAGUGCACUGACCCGUUUGAGUUGGUUUACAGCGACAUCUGUGGCACUCUGCUACGGUCGAGUCCUCGGGGAUAUCGCUACUUCAUCACCUUUGUGGAUACGUACACUCAACGUGUGGCGGUGUAUCCACUGAGAUCACGUGACGAGUCGGCUGAUGCCUUGGUCAGGCUGUGCGCUACGAUGAAGGUACCUGAAACACUUAGAACAGACUAUGCACAGGAGCUGUCGACCGGUGCUUUUGAGCGUGUGUGUCUGGGGAAGGGUAUUAAGCGUCAGUUUAGUGCACUAUACUCACCGCGGCAGAAUGGGAUCGCUGAGCGCAUGAACAGGACGCUGAAUGAGAUGGCGACAGCCUUCCUGCUACACCAUCAAACCACCGUAGCGCUCUGGUCGUUCGCUGUUGACACAGCGGCAUUUCUGACGAACCGAUUACCCACAGCGAGCCUGAGAGACAGCAAGACACCGUACGAGAUGUGGGAGGGCCGACGGCCCUACCUGGGACAUGUGCGUGUGUGGGGCUGCCUUGGGUAUGUGCAUCGGAGAAAGAAACACCGAGACAAUAAGUACUCACCGAAGUACUAAUCGAAGGCGGUGCCGAUGGUCUUGGUCGGUUACGAUGCGCGGACGAAGGAUGCUCACGUCUUGAGGCGCACUUGCUCCUCCCGCACCUUGGUCAUGAGUGAUGAGGAUGGGGAGAUGGAGGACCUAAUGGACCGUUUGUUGUGG